UUGUGAAGUCAUGAUCGAAAUUGGAAGCGUGCCAUGGGCGCUUAGAACCAGAGCAUCAUAAUGGAGGCGACGUUGCCCGAAAUAUGUGGCAUAACUGCUUUGCCAGCAGUUGCCAUGGCUUUGGGCUCAAUGGCCGUCUCCGCGGGACAACCGUCUGAAAAGCUUGAGGCGAGGUUGCAGCACCUGUCUGCUGGCUUGCUCCUGGGCGCGGUGACCACCGAAAUCUUCCCGAUCCUGAGGUCCCAGAUGGUUCCUGACAGUUCCAGGGUCGAUUGGAGUCACGUGGUCACAGCGAUGCUGGGCUUUGCUGCAGCGCUUACCGUGAUGUACUCGCUGAAGAGCUUAGGCCUUGAGGACGACGAGGAGAGUGAGGCAGAGCAGUCUUCUGCCGCUGUGCCUGGCAAAGGCACUGCUUCUGUUGUCAGCACCUUGAAGGAGCCCUUGCUUGCUGUGUCUUCCGAUGAGGAGCACCCGCAAAGUCCCACCCAUAGCGGUUGGGUUUUGGCGAAGCAGCCCUCUGAGGAGGAGUACAGCCGAUUAACGUCAGCUGUGUCUCGGUUACAGGCAAAGUGCUCGACGCUACGAUCCUUAGUUGACGCUGAUGAGGUUGACCGAGAGGCUGUCGAUGAGGAGGUUCACGGUCUCGACUUCUUAGUAGACUCUGCCCGACGAGUGUGCCGUGGUGCUGAGCCCAUCGAGCCCCGCAAUGCCAACCGCCUGCGGCACCACGUGUCACAGCUGGUAGCUGGUAUCGAGCGUCUAAAGCAGAUGGAUUUGAAAGAGCCUGCGACAGUUGAUGCCCAGCUGAAGGAGACGGCAGCCUGUGUUCGUCACAUCCACUCCCAUGCCGAACGUGCCACCUUCAGGCGCUGGCGUCCGCCACAGCGGGAGGUGGUGCCACUGCCCACAGUGGAAGAGGGGGAGGCAUCGAGAGAUUCGCUUCCGAGCCCUACGGUGCCAGUGGGCAUGAUUCUGGCAGUGAUUGUCGACAGCAGUGUGGACGGUAUGCUGAUUGGGCUUGCCGGCUCAGUGGCACGAGGCAGCGGCUGCCUGCUUGCCUUGGCCACAGCGAUCGAGAUGGGCUUUUUGGGCUACUCCUUCGCAUGCUCUUUGACCAAGGCUUUGCGACGGCCUUGGGUGGCGGUGGUGAUUCUAGCUAUGCCACCAGUGACCAUGCUCUUUGCCUCGGUGCUGGCAUUUGAGGGAGCGUAUCAGGCCAAGUCCACGCCGGCGUUCUGUGGGCUUAUUGCCUUUGCUUUAGCAGCAGUCCUUUUCCUGGUGCUGGAUGAGCUCCUUCUCGAGGCUCAUGAGAAGGAAGAAAGCGAGGGAUGGACGGUCUCCGUCUGGCUGUACAUUGGUUUAUUGCUCAGCAUCGGGUUCGACGUGCUCUUCUGAGAGUGCGAGGGCGGAUCAAAGAACAUCAACCAGAGACGGUGCAAGGACGCAGGGGAAAGGCCAAUAAUGCCACAAAUUGACAUUGGAUGCCUCCACAAGAUAGUUCACCUGCAUCGGG